AUGGCUCAAUCAGCAACACGUCCACGUUUAUGUCGAUCAUCAUAUCAACCAAAUAUGUUAGAAUACAUUGAUACUUGUCCUCAAACAACAUCAUUAAAUGAAUUAUUUUCAACAAAAUUAAAUUUAUCAUCAUUGGAUCAAUUUAAUAAUACAGUAUUAGAUCAAUAUUUUAUUUAUAUGUUAUGUCAAAAAAUAGGUGAAGAAAAUGAUCAUACAAAUUUAUUUCAAUUAAUUCAUAAAAUAUUAAUAAAACAUGGUCAAAUUUCAAAAUCAAUUUUUGAAUAUUCACCACCAUCAUUAUCAUCAUCAAAUACAUUAUAUACUACAUAUCAAGCAAUUUAUAAUAGUUAUGCAAAUUUUAUUUAUAAUGAAUUUGAUCUUAAUGUUUUACUUGAAAUUGGUUGUUUUCUAUUGAAAUAUCGUUUGUGUGAUAUAUUUAUAUCAACAAUAAAUAAACAAUCCAAUCAACGUAUUAAAUAUAUUGGAUUUUUUAUUGAAAUUAUAGCAUUUUAUUAUAUUUAUUCAAAUCAUCAUGAAUUUUAUAAAAAUAAUCGACCAACAAUGAAUGAACAAUUUUUUCAACGAAAAAAUUCGUUAACAACAAUUGAUCAAACAUUACAAAUAACUACAUUAUCUAAUUUAAAUCCACAACAAUCUCAAUCGGAUAAUGAUUUAUUUGAAAAAUUUCUCACUGCACUAUUUAAUAAUGGUGAAAUUCAAUUUGAAUUACGUCAAAUAAAAAGUCUAUUACAAACGGAUGCUUAUCAUUUUUUAAAUAAAAAAUUAGAAAAUAAAAAAGUAGGUUUUAUUCAAUUUAUUGAAACAAUUAAUAAAAAACAUCGACAAAAUAUAAGAGAAUCAACAUUAAAAUCUUUAUGUCGUUUUCAUAUGAAAAUGUGUUUAAAACAAUUUCCAAAUGAUAUUAGACAAUUAAAUACGUAUAUAUCAGAACAUUUACAAAAAUAUCUUUCGUACGAUAAUAAAUAUGUUUUUGAAUCAGAUGUGUAA